GCUGUUUGUGUGCAACUGGAGGCUCAGAAGGACUGCGGUGUCCACAGGGUGACUUUGUAUUUGGCUUUUCUUUCUCUCAUAGUGCGCGAAUUUUGGGGGGGACAUCGCUUCGGAAGGACUGUUCAGUCCAAAAUGCAGCACGUAUGUGGAAUACUGGAAAAUCACAGGUGAAGCUGUGUGUGUAAUUUCGGUCACGGAUUGGGUGGUGGAUACAGGAAAAAUGUGGAGAGAUGCAAAGCAGGCGCUGGCUCUGAUGUUGCUCCUCUCUUGGGUCUCACACAGCAUGUCAUUCUCCCCCGCGGGGAGGCCCAGACUGACAACUUGUCGGUCGCCUGAGAAAGAAACUUUUACUUGCUGGUGGAAGCCUGGAUCAACAGGUGGAUUGCCUACCAGCUACCACCUGUAUUACAGAAAAGAGAGCUCUUUGGAAGUCUUUGAGUGUCCGGACUAUCAUAAGGCGGGGAACAAUUCCUGUUAUUUUGAUAAGCGACACACGUCGAUUUGGAUCAUAUACAACAUUACAGUGGUGGCCUCCAAUGCACUGGGAAAAGCCUAUUCAGAAUCUGUAGAAAUUGAUGUUAUGGAUAUCGUGCAGCCUCAUCCUCCAGAGAAUGUGAAUGUGACUUUCACGCAGAACGCGAACAGUCCUUAUUUUCUGGUGCGGUGGAGACCUCCGCGUGACGCAGACACACGUUCAGGCUGGGUAACAAUCAAAUAUGAAGUUCGCUUAAAAAUUGAGAACAGCAGAGACGAGGAGGACUGGGAGUCAUAUAGUGCUGGAAAACAAUUGGAGUUUAGCAUCUACAGUCCACAGCCAGGAGCAAAUUACGCUGUGCAGGUGCGCUGUAAACUAGACCAAGGCCUCUGGAGUGAAUGGAGCCCCUCUGCAUUCAUCCAGAUUCCAGACAAUAUAUCUGACACACAGAAUGCGGUUAUGAUCAUUUCCGUCACCCUAACCGUCAUCAUUUUCAUGCUGACUGCAGGGGUGUUAACAGUCAAGAUGAAACCGGUAAAGCAUUUUUUACUACCACCCGUUCCAGAACCAAAGAUCAGUGGCUUAGACACUCAGCUCCUUAAGAGUGGGAAGUCUGAGGAGAUCUUCAGUGCUCUGAUUACUCCGGGAUAUCCCCAAAUAGCCCAGAGCCCAGACCAUCAAGUGGAGUAUCUUGUGGUCUAUGACUAUGAUGAGGAAAUGGAUUUUAAUGACAAAGCUCAUCUUGAGAACCAAAAGGGAGAAAACUGCCUCACAGAUAAUGCACGAAAGGUCUCUCAAAACAGCAUCCAGAUCACACUGAACAGCAGUCAGGAUCUAAACACAACACUGAGCGAACACGUCCACGCUGGGACCGUCUCCAAUCAGCUAAGUGGGACCAGCAGUGUCCUUGGAGAGCCUCAACAACAACUUCACCUUUAUUGCAAUGGCACGCCAGUAAAAGCUCAGGACCAAAACACUCACAUGAGCUCCGGUAGCCAAUUUGAGCAGGGAACCAUCAACCCUGCUGGACUUACAGGGUACGUUGAGGUUGACAAACAGAAACGAGACCAGAAACCCCCUGUGGAGGAGGACUACAGUAUGGUCAGUGAAGUUAUCAGUGAUAAUAUCCUUGUACUACAAGACAGCAUUCCAGUACAGGUACACAAAGAGGUCAAAUGUGACAAAACGUCAAUAAAAGCUGAGGAAAUGGGAGGUGGUUUCGAACCUCUGGAAUACUUGGAAACCCUAACAACAUUUUCAAGUGGAUCUUGACUGUUUUGUGACUUAAACUUCAGAGGUUAGAGAUUCUUUUGUCUCAUAGUGUCCUGCUCAAACUGUCAAGCACUUUGUUAGUAGAGAUGUGAGAAGGGUUCUUUCAGCUAUGUGGGGUGCAUUUCCUGUAUCACAAAUUCAGAAAUUCCCGACAGUAAACUGCUGCUGCGUUCUAUUUAUGACAUACUCACACAAAUUUCAAAUGAUUUGCAACGGUCGCUUUGUCGCGUCCAGUGUUGACAGACUUUAGCUGUUGCGCGAAAACUGUCGCGUCUAGUGUAGACACGGUGUAAAUUUAUGGUUCAACCACUGGUGUCACAUGGACUAUUCCUUACUAGCUUUCUGGGCCUUGAACAUGUCAGUUGUGUUUCUGUCUAUGCAGGGUCAGAAAGCUUUUGGAUUUCAUCAGGAAUAUCUUAAUUUGUGUUCUGAAGAUGAAAAAAGGUCUUUGCUUUAUUUGCAGGUUCCCCUCAGGACUAGAGUGCAUUCACACUCUUCAAAACCUGUGUUUUUAUUCUCUUGACAAACUAAAAGACAGAAUUAAAUUUGUAUAUAUAGUGCCUUGUGAAAGUAUUCAUACCCCUUCGUUUUUUUUUUGUUUUUUUUUUCACGCUUUAUGUUGCAGCCUUAUGUUAAACUGCUUUAAAAACACUUUUUUUUUUUUUCCACAUCAAUGUAUACUCCAUACAUCAAUGACAAAGCAAAAAAAUGAUUUGUGACAACUUUUCAAAUUGAUUAAAAGUAAAACACAGACACUGCAUAAGUAUUCAUACCCUUCACUCAUUACUUGGUUGAAGCCUUAAGUCUUUUUGGGUAUGAUGUGACAAGCUUUGCACAUCUUGGUAAAUAUCUGCCAUUCUUCUCCUCACCUCUUCACCUCUCAAACUCUGUCAGCUUGCAUGGGGGCUUGCAGGCAUUUUCAGGUUUUUCCAGAAAUAUUUAAAUGUGUUUAAGCUAAGGCUCUGGCUGGGCCACUCAAGGACAUUCACAGAUAAGCCACUCUUGCUGUGUGUUUAGGGUCAUUGUCCUGUUGGAAGGUGAAUCUUCUGCCCAGUCUGUGGUUCUGAUUCUGACUCCAGACUGGGUUUUCAUUAAGGCUAUUUCAAGUAGGAGUCCCUCAGUCCCCACCGCUGAAAAUCAGCCCCACAGCAUGAGGCCGCUACCACCACACUUUAUGUUUGGGAUGGUAUUCUGCAGGUGAUGAGCAGUGCUUGGUUUCCUUCAAACAUGAUGCUUGGAAUUGAGGUUCAUCAGACCAGAGAAUGUCAUCCUUCACAGUCUGAGGGCCCUUUAGGUACUUUUUUGCAAAUUCCAAGUAGGUUUUCACUGAGAAGAGAAUUGAGCUUGGCCACACCACCAUAAAGACCGGAUUGGUGGAGUGUUGCAGUGAUGUUUGUCCUUAUGUAAGUUUUUUUUCCAUCUGCAUACAUGAUCCUGGAGCUCAACUAGAAUGACCAUCAGCUUCUUGAUCACCAGUAUAACCAAAACCCUUCUUCAUCAAUUGCUCAGUUUGGCUCUAGAAAGACUCCUAGUUGUUCCAAGCUUCUUUCAUUAUGGAUAAUGGAGGCUACAUGCUUCUGUGAACCUUCAAUGCAACCCUUUUUUUUUUUUCUGAACACUUGAUGCGAGCCUGUUUCUGAGCUCUACAGGCAGUUCUUUUGACCUCAGGGCUGGUUUUUGCUCUGAUAUGCAUUUUCAGCUGCUUUCUGACCUUUUCUGAGAGGUGUGUGCCUUUUCAAACCAUACUCAUUCAAAUGAAUUUGCCACAGUUUAACUCCACUUGAAGUGUACUAACAUCUACAAGCGAUAUAUAAGCUUCUGAGCUAAAUUUCAAGUGUCCCAGAAAAGGGUAUGAAUACUUAUGCAAUGGAAUCAUUUCAGUUUUUUAUUUCUAAUAAAUUUGCAAACUUGUUGCAAACCUGUUUUGUGCUUUGUCAUUAUGGUGUAUGGAGUGUAGAUUAAUGUGGAAAAAAGUAAUUUAAAGCAGUUUUUACAUAAGGCUGCAACAUAAAAAUAAAUGGAGUAUGAAUACUUUUGCAAGGCACUGUAUACUAACAAGAAACUAUGGUUGUAACUACAGGUCGAGAGCUGUAGUUCCAACCACACAACUUGCUUCUUUUAAAAAUAUUUUUUCAAAAAUAGCGAUACUAUUUUUGAAUGUUCGUUGGAACUAUGGUUUUGGGAAACGGCAAAUUGUUGAACUAUGUUCGUAGCAGUGGAACCUGCAAUCAUAGUUGGCUAACAAUCCUUUUAGGAAACGCACCCCUGUUAUACUGUAUCUGUCAAUCUGCACAACUACAGAACAGUUUCUGUGGGUACUUCAGCCUAAACAACAGGAAGCUGCAGCAAUGGGUCGAAAAUUAGAUUAAAAGGAUCAUUCCAAACCAUUACACAUCGACCAACAUCUGUUAAAAAAUAUCCCACUAAAGAUCAUUAUAUUAAUUGUUAAACCUUUCAAAAUGUUUCUUCAACCUACUACCUCACAGGAGACAUACACAAAACAUCCCACUGGAGUUUCUGCCACUUUCUCUAGAGACCUGGCACUUUUUUCAAUGCUUGCUGCUCUUAAUCUUUUUAAGUGUAUUAAGAACUUUUAUAGUUUAAACUACAGAAAAGCUCCUUUUGUAUAUUUAUUCACAAUGAUGCUAUGAAUAUAAAAAGAGAUUUGAGAUUUCUUUGGUGAACACAACAAAUGAUUUUACCGUGUAUUUAUUGAACUACACCUACUAAUUAUAUGUCGCUCACAAUCCAUUUUAUUUAUAUUUGAUUUAAUCUUGAUUUAAACACUGAUUCAGUUUUAGAGUAGCUAUCUAUAUUUACUUAUUUUUGUAUAAACACACAGUAUCACUGGAAACAUCUUUCUGAUUUAUAACUCUCUGAACCCGAGCACACUUUAAGACAAUUACUUUGAAAAACUCUGGCACAAAAGGGUUGUCAAAGCCUAACUCCUGUCAAAACUUAACCAAAUGCAAGGGCACUGAGCCCAAAACAGUCUGGAAGGUCUUUGAUGGGUUUUUUUUUUUUUA